AUGUCCUUGCCAGAGCAGGGUCCCCUAGUGCAGAUCCCAGAGGAACACAUCCAGACUUCAUUUUAUGGCAGAUUCAGGCACUUCUUGGACAUCAUUGAUCCACGCACUCUCUUUGUGACUGAGAGUCGUCUGAAGGAAGCUGUGCAGUUGUUGGAGGAUUACAAGCAUGGGACUCUGCCCCCAGGAGUCACCAACAAAGAGCUGUGGGGUGCUCAAAAAAUCAAGCAGGCCAUCAUCCAUCCUGACACGAACGAGACCAUCUUCAUGCCUUUCCGAAUGUCAGGUUACAUCCCCUUUGGAACGCCCAUCGUUGUUGGUCUCCUCUUGCCCAACCAGACGCUGGCAUCCACUGUGUUUUGGCAGUGGUUGAAUCAGAGCCACAACGCCUGCGUCAACUAUGCAAACCGCAACGCGACAAAGCCUUCUCCGACGUCCAAGUUCAUCCAGGGCUACUUGGGAGCUGUCAUAAGUGCUGUCUCAAUAGCAGUGGGCCUUAAUGUUCUGAUUCAGAGAGCAAACAAGUUUACCCCUGCCACUCGUCUCUUGAUCCAGAGGUUCGUGCCAUUCCCAGCAGUUGCUAGUGCCAAUAUCUGCAAUGUUGUCCUGAUGAGGCACACGGAGCUGGAAGAAGGAAUUGAUGUUUUGGACAAUAACGGAAACAUUGUCGGGUCUUCCAGAAUUGCUGCAAAACACGCACUGCUAGAAACAGCCCUGACUAGAGUGGUCCUGCCAAUGCCUAUACUGGUUCUACCUCCAAUUAUUAUGUCUGUACUGGAAAAGACAUCCCUCCUGAGGUCCCGUCCCCGGAUGGUUCUCCCAGUCCAAAGCCUUGUGUGCCUCGCUGCCUUUGGCCUGGCCCUCCCCUUGGCCAUCAGUCUCUUCCCACAGAUGUCUGAGAUCGAGACGUCUCGGCUGGAGCCAGAGAUCGCGAUGGCCACCACCAGUAAGACUGUAGUUUACAACAAAGGAUUGUAA